GUCAUUGAUUGGUCAUUUGACAGCAGGUGGAGAAAAUUGUCAGUGUUGUGCAGUAUUUUCAGUGAAAAUUUUAAAGAAAACACCAUGUCCGCCAAGAGAAAUCUUUACGAAGUGCUGGGAGUGAAAGAAACGGCAACUCAAGCGGAGAUUAAGAAGGCUUUUAAGAAUUUGACAAAGCAGCAGCGUCAGGACAACAGUCCGGACGGGAAGGAGCGCUACAGCGAGAUCCAGAACGCCUAUGAGAUUCUCAGUAAUCCCAGCAAGCGGGAGUGGUAUGAUGAGUUUGGCCAGGCCGAGGAGGGAGAGGAGGAGGAUGCCGGAGCGGAGCAGGAGCAGGACUUCUACGAUAUGUUCGGAAAUAUGUCCAUCUUCUCGCGACUCAACCGACAGGGUGGCAUGGCGAAGUGUGAACCCCUUCUGGUGCGCGUGGCAGUGACUCUGGAGGAUCUGUACAAUGGGAACCUGACAAAGAGCGCCCAUGUGAGGCGUGAGGUGCUGUGCGAGGACUGCGGUGGCGAGGGCGCAAAGGAGGGCAGCCAGAUUCACAAGUGCGACAAUUGCAAAGGGACCGGAGUCGAGUAUGAACACCACCAGAUGGGCUUCUUCAUCAAUCGCGUCUCCACGGAGUGCUCCACGUGCAGUGGCCGAGGGAAGGUGUUCAGCGAGGAGGACAAGUGUGGGAAGUGCAGCGGCAAUCGCACUCUCACGGAGGACAAAACGGUGGAGGUGCGCAUCGAGCCGGGGAUGCGCAACAUGCAGAAGAUUGAGUUCUCCGGCGAAGGGAAUCACUUGCCAGGUCACUUGGCCGGAGAUAUUGUGGCCGUGUUGGACUACACCGAGCAUGAGGAGUUCCAGCGGGCGCAGGACAAUCUUGUGAUUCAGAAGACAAUCAGUCUCGUGGAGGCUCUCUGCGGAUACACUACUCUGAUCAAGCACCUAGACGGUCGGCAGCUGCACAUCCACAAUUCUCCGGGCGAAGUGAUCAAGUCCGGCUCCCUGAUGGUUGUGAAGAACGAGGGCAUGCCUUGCCUGAGCCGUCCAUUCGAGAAGGGUGACCUCCUGGUCCGAUUCUCCGUGGAGUAUCCCGACAGCUCUAGCCUGAGCAGCGAACAUAUUGACACGCUGAAGCGCAUCCUUCCGCCCGCCCCAGAUUUUGUGAUGCCCCAAGGCGAAAAUGUGGAGGAGGUCAAUAUGUACGACUUGGAGGACAUGAAUUUCGCUGGAAGCCACCCAUUCCAGUCUCCCGGUGGCCAAGAGGAUGACGACGACGAGGCGUUCGGCGGUGGUGCAACUGGUGGCGUUCAAUGCCACACGCAGUAAUUCUCAAAGACUCUCCCAUUGUUAUAUUUUUUAUCACGCUCUAGAGAAAUUUCUCCGGUAUUUUUUUUCGUUUACUACUUGAUUUUGAUCGUUCACAGCUCGAGAAUGUCGGACGUGUGAGGAGAGGUGCGAUGUGAAAUAUUAAAUAAACUUGCAUGGACGAUCUGUGCGUGUAUUUGUUGAUGGUCGGCGAAGAAGUAACGGCUCGACCGUGGGGUCAAUCGAUAAAAGGUCAUGGCAUUGUCAUCGACUUUCAAAUGGACAACGCUGGUGGUUAAAUGGGGAGCUCGCGUUUGUGGCGCUGUUUGACCCCUUCAUGAGUUGCUAAUGGUAAGAAUUGGAGAAUUCUUAUUAUUCAUCUUGCAGCUUGUUUUUGAACUGAAACUGCAUUGAAGAAGACACACAUUGCUUCGAGAUAAAUUUAUAGUCGACUUAUUUAAAUGCAUGCAUGCAUAAACAGGCAUUUUUUACAACAACUGUGUGAACAACAUGAUUGUUCAGACCUAACAUAAAACAUUAUAAUUUAUUGUAUUGAUUCAGUAAAAAAAAUGAGCUUAGGUGAGAAUGAGGCAGAUUUGGGUUAGGUUUGGGAAGAUGCGUAAGACUAAUUUUAGAAGUCAGCCUACAUAUUAAAUCAGAAGAGUGAAAACACAGGAAAACUGUAGUUGUACUGCGUUUGAAGUCAUUUUUUUAAAUUGUGACGAAACUGCUCCUCUCUCCCCUAUUCUAUUU